AUGAGCUACGCAACCUGUUCCCAAGUCUCCCUAACCUGCCCCGUCGAAGCAACAACAUACGGCUACUACCCCAAUCUAGGCGGAAAUGCCUUCUUCACAGCCUUCUUCGCCGUAAUCUCCAUCGCACAACUCGGACUAGGAAUCCACUACCGAACAUGGACAUUCAUGGUCGCCAUCGGAAUCGGCGCAUUAAUGGAGAUGGCAGGCUACAUCGGCCGAGUCCUAAUGCAUUCAAACCCCUGGAACGCAGGCGCCUUCAAGCUCCAAAUCGUCUGUCUAGUGUUAGCACCUACAUUCGUCGCUGCAGGCGUAUAUUUAACAAUGAAGCAUAUCGUGCUGAAUCUGGGACCCGAACACUCGAAAAUGAAGCCUCGACUAUUUACAUGGAUCUUCAUCAGUUGUGAUAUUGGGUCUUUGAUUCUGCAGGCUGCGGGUGGUGGUGUUGCUGCUGCGGCUGGGAAUGAUGAUGCGGCUAUGCUGAAGGCGGGUGAUAAUAUUAUUAUUGCUGGUAUUGCGUUUCAGGUGGCUACGAUGUCUGUUUGUGGGAUAUUCGGACUGCAUUUCUUUUGGAAUGUUUCGCGGAAGGGGAAUGGGCUUGUUGGGGAGAAGAGUCUCGAGGGGACUAGCACGUCUACCGUCUCUCCUAGUCGGAUGCGGAUGGUUCUCGCUGCGGAGAUCUUUGCUUACUUCACCGUUCUGAUUCGGUGUAUUUAUCGUAUUCCCGAGAUGGCUGGUGGCUGGGGUAGCCCAUUGAUGCAAAAAGAGGACGAAUUCUUGGUAUUGGAUGGAAUGAUGAUCGCUCUCGCCUGUUUGGCCUUCACCAUCUUCCACCCAGGCCUGUUCAUUCCUUCGAUGCGCACCGGCCACAAGAGCCAAAACUAG